UUAGCAGCCGCGAGUUUGUUUACGAUGGACCUGAAAUUAUUGCUGCAUCUUUGCGAUAUUUCUGGAAGAGAUCAGGGAACUUCUGUCGUCUAAAGAAUAUUUUAUCUCACUUUUGUAAGAAUUUUACCAUUGUUUGUGGAUAGAAAGAUGAGAAACGGCUGCUUGCGUUCAUUAAAGAAGAGUGCCAUUCCAGUUUGGAAUUUGCGUUCUGGAUAACUUGCAACGAAGUUGUCAUGGAAAUCGUCUCGGAAGGAAGUUUGGAGUCUAUAAGCAGACCUGCAAGUUGUGAUACUACAAGAUCUAGAGAUCAAAACUUACCUCAAAAACAUGGUCAAAUGAGAGGCUUUCUAGAAGAGCUCCCUCCUGAAGCUGUCACCAACACCUUAGAUGAAGAUGUUGAUCAUCUUGACUCUGAGGAAGACUCAAUCAUAUCUCCAGUUGAAAAUGAUGUUAUUUUAGAAGACAUCCCAGAAAGAACUGCUACAGCAAACAGCAGUGUAGAAGAGGAAGUGGUAGAUGAUCAGGAAGAUGAUCAAUCAGAGGAGAGUGCAUCAGAGAGAAGUGGUCAUGUAGUCAAACAGGGCGUGUCCCAAGAUGAGGAGGAUUUUGAAGCAAAUCUGGAUCCAAAAGUUAGAAAAGGACUUGAGAGGAUAAGGAAACUGGAUGCGAUUCUUGCUGAUAAACUGAAGAAAGAAAAAGAGGUCAAGAUUCAUAGAAGACAACUGGAAAAGAAGUGGAGAGAGGAGUUAAAUCAACUGGACCAACAACGAGAACAAGAAGGUCAUGGUAAAAUUGACUUGGGUGUCAGCCAUGCACUGGCCCUCGGUCCGCCCACUGAUGACUACGUCCCAGCAGAUGAAGAGGAGCCACUUCUUACACCGUUGUUUGCCACACAACCUCUCGCUGAUGAACGAAAGCACAGCUCUUCUCCCUCUGACAGAGGUGUUACCUCCAGCUGUGAUUCAUGGACAGAACAAGAUAUUGACGAUGUAGAAAACAAAGGCUCCAAAAGAACGCCCAAGAGGAGAGGGAGCAAACAAUCUUCCAAAACUAAAAGAAAAGAACAGAACUUUGUCAAGCGAAACAUCGAGUUGGCUGCUGAUGCUGGGAAUCUGAUCCCCAUGACAGAAGCGGAGAAAAAACGUUUAGAUGAACUACUCUCGGAUGAAACAGAUCUUCUAAUGGUGGAGAAUGCGUACUCAGAAGGACUAUCACUAACAGCAGGUGAAGGUUUUACCCUGGACUGUGAGUCAAAAGCUUCACUCGCCGAAAUAGACAGUAAACUUCAGGAACUUGUACCUCAAGAAGAAAUCGACUUAUUAGCAAACCAAGAGAAUUGGGAGCCUCACAAACAGUUGGAUCAUACACCACAGACAGACAGUUCAAGUGAGAUAAGUACAGACACCAUUGGACUGGGAGAGAGGAUUCUUAGAGAAGAAAAAGAAAUGAGGGACAUGAAAUCGAGACUGCUUGCUAUCGAAGCUGAGCUUCAGACUUUGUACCGAGAGACUGGUAAUGAAUCUGAGGCUGGUUUGUCGGAAGAGAUCCUGGCCAGGCUUAUUGAUGUAAGCUCACGAACAACUUCAAGAAGUACAACAGUGUCGGAAAGUGUCAUGUCGGCUCUUUCUUCCGCCAGACCAGGAGAGGAAAUGAUCCAAGAGGAAGAUGAAACCGCUAUGUUAGCGAUACUUGACGACGAGAAUUCCGAGAACGUGAGACCGGAUAGUGCACAAAGUACGCACCGAAGCACUUGCACACCAGGUUACGAAGAGCGCCGCGCUCAGAGUCAACAGAGUUCACAAAGAAAUGAUUCAAGCAAGCUGAAACGGCACGGCAGGCGGUCACAACAGAGCGUGACUCUGGAAGAUGAUCAAGAUAUGCAGGGACAGAGCUUAAAUGAUUCUCUUGCUAGGGCUCCUGUGAGAGAAUCGAAUCCACGCGCUCAUUCACAGAACUCGAUUCUCUCAAAUGACAGCGGUGACGGGCCGAAGAGCAGAACUUAAAGAACGCCUAAAGAGCUAUAAUACUCUUAUUUAUUUGCAAAAUGGCCGUUGCGAU